UAAUAUUCAUGAGCCGGAAGACGUUCAGUUUUGAGUGGAUUACCCAAGAUGCUCGGCGUGUCUGUAGCAGGGGAGAAUGUGUGACAAUGGAAGCGAAUACUACAGCGACGAACCCAUCUUUCGACUGUCCAUCAUGGGCAGGGAAGCCUCCAGCAGGACUGCAUCUGGACGUGGUCAAAGGAGACAAGCUUGUCGAGAAACUGAUCAUUGAUGAAAAGAAGUAUUAUUUGUUCGGGAGGAACCCAGACAUCUGUGACUUCACCAUCGACCAUCAGUCAUGCUCUCGCGUGCAUGCGGCCCUCGUCUACCACAGGCAUUUGAAAAGAGUGUUUCUCAUCGACCUCAACAGCACACAUGGUACGUUCCUGGGACACAUUCGCCUGGAGCCCCAUAAGCCCCAGCAGGUUCCCAUCGACUCCACCAUGUCGUUUGGCGCAUCCACACGUGUUUACACCAUUCGGGAGAAACCGCAGAGUCAGCCGGGCUCCGGCGUCGGGGACAGUAAAACCGGUGACGACGAGGAGCUGAAGGGUCUUCUGGGACUUCCAGAGGAAGAGACUGAACUGGAGAAUCUGACCGAGUUCAACACGGCUCAUAACAAGCGCAUCUCCACCCUCACCAUAGAGGAGGGCAACCUGGAUAUUCAGAGACCCAAGAGGAAAAACUUGGCCUACAGCAUCCCUCACUACUUUUGUGACUUGAGGCAUUUAACGAUGUUUGUGUUGUUAACUCUUUUAGAGGACAUCGACCCCUCUGUUGGACGUUUCAGAAACAUGGUGACAACAGCUGUGGUUCCUAUUAAGAAGAAGAAAAUGGGCGGUGGUACUGCGCUGGGAAUCGAGGAAAUAGUGGCGCGACACAUGCACACGUUCCCUUUGCAUGGUGGACUCUACAGAGACCUUCCCCCGGCCAGUCACGAAACUCAAUCCACAGGAGCUCCCGGCGGAGCCACAAUCCUGGGAGGACUGCCGUUACCCCUGCCCAACCCGGCCCCGGAUGUAGACCUGGCCCAGGAGGCCCCGCCACCUCCGCUCGUGCUCAACCCCACGCCGCUACCCGGCCCCUACGUCUCCGACCCUCUCAGCGAACCCCGCAAGAAGAAGUACGCUAAAGAGGCAUGGCCUGGCAAGAAGCCCAUGCCUUCUCUGCUCAUCUAGCUGCUUAUUAAUAACACCGGAUGUGUCUAACUCGUCUAUACUCAUGAAUCUGGCAAACAGACUUUGAUUUUGACUGUACUACAAGAAUCUGAUUUAAUGCAAGAACUUUGUAAGUUUUAAAAUAAGUUUUACCUCCUUAAAAUGAACACGGACUCACACUCAUGUCAUUUCAGAUCUGAAUUACUUUCUAAAUCCAGUGAAAUGCAGACGGCACAGUUUAGUUGGAGAAUUUUGCUUUGUUUCGCGGUGUUCCUCACACACAAUGAUCUGGUCAUGGCCUUAUAAAUCAUCUGUGUUUGUUUUGUUAAAAGAGCUGCUUGGACAUUGUGCAUCAGAUCUUUUGUGAUUCACAGGACGUUUGCCAUGACAUGAGGGGUGAGUAAAUGACGUUUCAAUGCAUUUUGAUUGACCUAUUUCUUUAAAAUGCCAGCUUGAAAGUGUGGGAACCAAAAGAAAUGCAAACAAAGUGCAUUACCUGGUCCAAACAGCAAAAUGUGUCCUGUUUAGCCUAAGACGGCAGAGGGUUUAACUUUUAUAAUGUACUCGUUUUUUUGUUUUUGACUAUUUAUGUAAAAUGUUCAGAAGAUUUACAAGGAUGGGCUAUUUAUGUACACAUUUUAGCGCUAGAGACCAAUAAGUUCUUUCAAACUCAGUCACACUUACAUGAGCAUCAGUAAUGCAGAUGAUAAAUCCGGUAGAUGUUCGAGGUUUCAAAACUGAUGAAAUUCUGCAAUAUUGUAACACUUUACCUUUUGUGAAGAUCUUUUUCCAAUGUAUUAGUUUCGUACAUUCGUCCCCCCUUAAUAUACAAGCCGAGUGCAGUGGCGUUUCAAAUGAACUGUUAGUUGAUCGUAACAUGGUUCAUCAGGGCUCCGUGCAGAUGGCCUUCGGUUAAAGAAAGAAAAAAAAAAAGUUUUAUACUCCUGUUCUGUUUGGUACAUUUGCUGUUUGUACAUAUCACUCACAAUAAAAUCCAGUGUAUUUUUAUAUAUUUAAA